AUGAAGUUGGCCUCAGGGUGGUUGUUGUUGCUGACCCAGGUUGGGCUUGGCCUGGUGGUGGGAAUUGCUGUCCCAUCAAAUUUCCUUCAGAUGGGCCUUGACUUCUGGGAGGAGCCAGGCAGACUGAACGUCGAAGCCCGACUUGAUGAGCAUGAGAUGGACCCUGGUCCAUGGUCACUCGAAUGGGACGACAGGGCUGGCAAGCACAUAUGCAUCUGUGAUUUAUCAGUUCUCAGUGACAAAAGGUUGCUUGGCAUUUUCAAGAGUCAGCAAAUCUGGUCUAAGGGGACUAUGGUAGAGAGGCAGUGGGGAAAGGAGGUGGAGGCUAAGGCUUGGUACCACUCUGUGUCGAGCAGUCCAUGGAUGAACUGUGUGAGAGAAUGCUGGGGAUGGGGACUUAGGAUGGAGGUAAUCCUCAAGAGCACUACCUUGUUGGCUAUAGUCCCCCAAAUUCCUUUUUUCUUCGUUUCUUCACUCAUCUGGGAGCUCUGGCUGGAAGGUGAGGGAUGGGUUGUAAUAUAUAAUGAUGAGAAAUAUUUGAAGCAAGCUUUGGCUAAAUGUUAG